AUGCCGAGGGGAUUUGUUCUAACAGGCCAGGACUGGGAGGAGCAGCGCUUCAACUUCCAACAGCGCGGCGGCACUAGCUCAACGCAGCCUCGCAAGGUGACGGAGCGCGAUGCAAACCGUGCUGUGCAAAGCGGGCAAAGCGUGGAGGUACAGCGGAAGGAGCAUCAACGUUUCAACCAGCAGGCCGUCAGCGCUGGCGCGAACGCGAAGAAGCUCGACGAGGACCACGAGACACUAAAGGUGAAGAAGGUCGACCCACACCUCCGUGUGCGCAUCAUGAAGGAGCGCCAGGCUCUGAAUUGGUCACAGCAGGAUCUCGCGCAGCGCAUCUCUGAGCGUGUGUCCGUAGUGGCCGAGUAUGAAAAUGGCAAAGCGGUGCAGGAGGAGCGCGUUAUUGUGAAGAUGGAGAAGGCGCUCGGCGUACACUUGCGCGGCGCCAAGGCUGGUGAGCCGAUGGGUAAGAGCCGUCCUGCUCCGAAGCCUCAAGAGUAG